AGAAUGAGCUAAACAAAUCACUGCAGUAUUGAUGGAUUUGGUGGGGGUGUGGUGGAUAGCUGAUGCAAUCGAGCGCAAGGUCUUUCAUUUGACAUUGAAUACUGGCAAAUGUAAACAACAUGGCAAGCUUCGACACCAACUCAAACAAGAACAGAAAGGAAAAGGAUGAAAUAGAUUUGAUGUAUUUCACAUUCUUGUCUUUGUUUCAUGCCGUGUUAUGGGUUGGAUAAAAACAUAACCUUUUUCCCCAUUUUGACAGAGAAAGCAUUUAGCAAUGAAACGUGGCUCAUUGACUAGCUCAUCUAACUAUAUAUUAUACAACAGAUUAAUCAAAUAUGAUGGAUAUGAAUGCUAACAUAAGUUUGAGGCCCUUUUUGAUGAUGAGUUAAUAGUAGUUCAGCUCAAAUGAGUGGGACUGCAAGUAAACGGUCUAUUUUGUUGGGUAGAAUAUUGUAUUGACUGCAUGAGGGACAUUCAGUUGGUUGGCAUCACGGGCAACUUUUUAUGUGUGGGGGUGUUGUUUUCAGGAAUUUCUUGAUAAGAUCUGCCAUAGGGCAUUGUCCCGUCAGUUUCUGAUCAAUUUCUACAUCCUGUGAACUCGCUGCAUGCAACAAAUGUGGGGAACAUUCACUGUUGCCGACAUUAUGCGGAGAGACAGGCUGUGGUUCAAUUGGGCGAACUCCAUGGCUGUAAAACGAGGGAAGGAUUUUCCUAGUUGGGGAAACAUGCUUGUAUAAUAAAGAAAAUAGACAGAACAUCCCACUAAAAUCACGGACAUGUGGCGGUGAAGAUGGGGGACUGGAACUUGUUGGGGAGUAUUUUAGAGGAGGUUCACAUUCACUCCACCAUUGUGGGGAAAAUCUGGCUUACCAUCCUGUUCAUAUUUCGGAUGUUGGUUCUUGGUGUGGCAGCUGAGGAUGUUUGGGUUGACGAGCAGAGUGAGUUCAUCUGCAACACGGACCAGCCAGGAUGCACGAACGUCUGCUAUGACCAGGCAUUCCCAAUAUCGCUUAUUCGCCUUUGGGUACUGCAGAUCAUUUUCGUGUCCUCGCCCUCUUUGGUGUACAUGGGACAUGCUCUGUACCGGCUGAAGUCUUUGGAAAAAGAGCGGCACAAGAGAAAAAUCCAGCUGAGAGCAGAGCUGGAAGAGACUGAGCCCCUUUUGGUGGAGUACAAGAAGUUGGAGAAGGAACUGAGAAGAUUAGAAGAGCAGAAGAAAAUAAAGAAGGCUCCUUUGAGGGGCUCCUUACUGCGCACAUAUAUAAUUCAUAUCCUCACCAGAUCAGUGGUGGAAGUGGCGUUCACUGUGGGGCAGUAUAUCUUAUAUGGGAUAGAACUGGAUCCUUUGUACAAGUGCGAGAGGGUGCCUUGCCCAAACAGUGUGGACUGUUACGUGUCUAGACCGACAGAGAAGACCGUCUUCAUGGUUUUCAUGAUUGUCAUCGCAGGGUUUUCUUUGUUCCUCAACCUCUUGGAAAUAUCUCACUUAGGAGUGAGGAAAAUUAAACAGACUCUAAUGGGUCUACAACUUGAGGACGAUGGUCUUUGCAAAGCAAAACGUCCUUCAGCUAUUCAGCAACUGUACGUGGUGACAGAUUUGUCGCCCAACAAAAACCCACAGUUGAAAACUUUCAUCCAACAGGGACAAAUGGACCCUCCACCAAUGUUUCUAACCAGUGCUUGUGCAGGUUCGAGUAAUGACGUGCCAAGGCACAACAGUAUUGUGGCGGCCACCCUCCCAGUGACCUGCAUAACCCAACAGCCUCGCCAAAUGCGACAACCCAGCCAAGGCAUGAUCCAUGAACUGCACUCCCAGGCUUCCAUGGACCAGCUCAAGGAUAGGGACAACCGAGACCAUCUAGGAAGCAGUAAUGGAUCGGAAAGGGACAUUAGGCUUUUAAACUCGACUCAAGAGGGUCAAUACGCCCAAGGGCCCUGCCAUCCUGAAAUACCAGCCUGCCUUCGCAAUGCUUUGCACAGGUCCAGCCACAUGCUGGUCAUGGGGGAUGAUGCUAUGGAUUCCUCCGAGAGUGACUACCAUCCGCAAAACAGGAAGGCCAGUUUCAUGGCCCGUAUGCCCUCGGAUAGCAUGUCCGGUAGUCCGUCCUGCCCAUCCACAAGGAGUUCAGAGUCCGAGCUGGGCUCCCUCAACAGCCUGCCCAUGAACUUACCUCCAGGAGGACGACGGAUGUCUAUGAGUGUGUUCUUGGAUAUCUCUUCCAUCAUGAAAAAGUGAAAGGGAUAAGGACAGGAAGGACAACAGGAAUGUAACAGGCCGUUCAUGAGCAGAAAUGAAUGGAGAUAUCAGCGACAAAGAGUAUAACUCUGAUCUGCUCUGUUUGGAAAGCACUGGUUUUAAUGCAGCUUUAUUAUGGAAUUAUUAGUGCUGUUUUACACUGUUUGUUUUUUAUUAUAAGCACCUUAAUUUACCAGUAAAGUAUGAUGUACAGCUUUUCCAUUAUUAAUUAUGGAAACCACAGGACAUAUAUUUCUAAGAGCUUCAGACCUACAGCCAGCUGGCAAAAAAAAUAAAACUUUUAAAAUAAUUUAGCUUACAUCCAUAAAAUAUGAUGCAAGCUGAAGAAAAUAAAUUUGUC